UCCUUUAAAAAUAUCCAAGUCGUCUCCAAAAACCUGAAGAAAGUGCAAUCCGGCUUAACUUCCUUGGAAUUUGUUGCGUGCCCGCGUGUGCCUGAUUCCUGUUUGAAGUUUCCUUUGGCAACCGGAAGCGUUCUUUGGGGUUUGGGAUAAACUUUACUUAAAUGUUUGGAAUCCAAGAUACCUUAGGAAGAGGACCCCUCCUGAAGGAUAAGGUGCUGGGAUCGGAGAUGGAUCCCGUCCGAUCUUGGGUCAGGAAUGUCGGGGUAGUGGACGCCAAUGUGGCCGCGCAAAGCGGCGUGGCUUUGUCGCGAGCCCACUUCGAGAAGCAGCCGCCCUCCAACUUACGGAAGUCCAACUUCUUCCACUUCGUCCUGGCUCUCUACGACCGACAAGGGCAACCCGUGGAGAUCGAGCGGACGGCCUUCGUGGACUUCGUGGAGAACGACAAGGAACAAGGCAACGAAAAAACCAACAAUGGCACCCAUUACAAACUGCAGCUCCUUUAUAGCAACGGUGUCAGAACUGAACAAGAUCUCUUUGUCAGACUCAUUGACUCCGUCACAAAACAGCCCAUCGCGUAUGAAGGACAAAACAAGAACCCAGAAAUGUGCAGAGUUCUACUCACUCAUGAAGUCAUGUGCAGCCGUUGCUGCGAGAAGAAAAGCUGCGGAAACCGCAACGAAACUCCCUCAGAUCCCGUGAUCAUUGACAGAUUCUUCUUAAAAUUCUUCCUCAAGUGCAAUCAGAAUUGUUUGAAAACAGCCGGGAACCCUCGAGACAUGCGAAGGUUUCAGGUGGUGUUAUCGACAACAGUGAAUGUGGAUGGGCAUGUACUGGCAGUUUCUGACAACAUGUUUGUUCAUAACAAUUCAAAACAUGGACGAAGAGCUAGGAGACUUGAUCCAUCUGAAGCCACUCCAUGCAUCAAAGCUAUCAGUCCAAGUGAAGGCUGGACCACAGGUGGAGCAAUGGUGAUCAUUAUAGGAGACAACUUCUUCGAUGGACUACAAGUUGUGUUUGGGACCAUGCUUGUAUGGAGCGAGCUGAUCACCCCUCAUGCCAUUCGUGUCCAGACGCCCCCUCGACAUAUCCCCGGUGUGGUUGAAGUAACAUUAUCAUAUAAAUCCAAACAGUUUUGCAAAGGAGCUCCUGGUAGAUUUAUUUAUACAGCUUUAAAUGAACCUACCAUUGAUUAUGGCUUCCAAAGACUUCAGAAGGUUAUCCCAAGACAUCCUGGUGACCCAGAACGAUUAGCCAAGGAAAUGCUUUUGAAACGAGCAGCUGACCUAGUUGAAGCACUGUAUGGAACGCCGCACAAUAACCAGGACAUUAUCCUGAAGCGAGCUGCUGAUAUAGCAGAAGCCCUCUACAGCGUCCCAAGGAAUCCUGGUCAGAUCCCUGCUUUGUCAAGCUCACCUGCCCACAGUAGCAUGAUGGGCAUCAAUUCCUAUGGUAGCCAAUUAGGAGUCAGCAUCUCAGAGUCAACUCAAGGGAACAAUCAAGGUUAUAUCCGCAACACAAGCAGCAUCUCCCCCCGAGGUUACUCUUCCAGCUCAACCCCUCAGCAGUCUAAUUACAGCACCUCCAGUAACAGCAUGAACGGCUACAGCAACGUCCCCAUGUCUAACCUGGGUGUUCCCGGCUCGCCUGGAUUCAUUAAUGGCUCUCCCACAGGAUCACCCUAUGGUUUGAUGUCUUCAAGUCCAACAGUCGGCUCCUCCAGCACUUCCUCCAUCCUUCCGUUCUCGUCCUCCGUCUUUCCUGCUGUCAAACAGAAGAGUGCCUUUGCUCCCGUUAUCCGACCCCAAGGGUCUCCUUCCCCAGCUUGUUCCACUGGCAAUGGAAAUGGGUUUAGAGCCAUGACUGGUCUUGUUGUUCCUCCAAUGUAAAAGAAGAGGAGGAAACGCUGGAAUUUUUUUUUCUUUUUUACAGCACAAAACUACUUAUUUGUGAUGGACCACUAGAAGGGGGGGGAGGAAAGCACUACACACUCUUUUGAUGGGAGGGAAGCCAUCUGAAGCAAGAAGGGGAACAGUUUUCACACGUUGGAUGAGCUAGCAGACCGCUUCCAGGUUUCAUACUCACUUCCAUCA